AUGUCCAAGUCCAUCGUCAACACCAAACCUUACCCCUUCCACUUCGAGGCAAGCCAAUACCCAGCCGUCCAACCCAGCGGCAAGGGCGUUAAGGUCGACUUCUCCAACUGUCGCGGCACCACCCCAUCCAUCCAGGCCUCGCGGCUCAGGGCCAUGAUGCGCGAGGCCCACGACGACCCUUCCAAGAUUGUCGCGCACGUCUGCAGCUACGAUGCCCUCAGCUCGCGACUUUGUGAGGAGGCAGGGUUCCCGGUUCUCUUCCUCGCCGGAUAUGCCAUGGCUUCUGCAUUUGCGCUGCCGGAUACUGGGUACAUUGCUUAUGGGGAGGUUGUGAAUAAGAUCCAGGAGGUUUCCAGAGCGACGACAAUUCCUAUUAUCGCAGAUGGUGACACGGGCUAUGGCGGCCCUAUGAACGUCCGUCGAACUGUUCAAGGGUUCGCGCUGGCUGGGGCGGCAGGUAUCAUGAUUGAGGACCAGACUUGGCCAAAGCGCUGCGGUCACACCGCUGGCAAGAGUGUCGUCUCCAGAAGCGAAGCCUACGCUAGAUGGCAAGCCGCCGUCGACGCCCGAAACGAAGGCCAAGACAUCUGGAUCCUGGCCAGAACGGACAGCCUCAUCCACGGCUAUGAAGAGGCCGUAACCAGAGCUCGCAAGGCCAUCGAGAUUGGCGUCGACGCCGUCUUCGUAGAGGCCCUUCCCGACCGAGAGUCCAUGGCCCAACUGCGAAAGGAUCUCAACUUUCCCGUGUUCGCCAAUAUCAUUGAGGGAGGAAAGACGGAGAACUUGUCGGCCAAGGAUCUUGCCGAGCUUGGAUACUGCGGAGUAGCUUAUCCUUGGACUCUGGUGGCUGCCAAGUUGAAGAGCAUCCGCGAGACGCUUGAGGGUGUCAAGGGAUCCUUGCUUGUCGGGAAGCCUCCGGUUGUUCUGUCUUACGGUGAAGUGUGCGAGGGGGUUGGGUUCAAUAAGUAUUACGAGCAGGAAGAGAAGUAUCAGUAUGAGGGGCGGACAAAUGGAGCCAAUGGUCACCAGUGGAAGUAUUAA